GCGCUCUUGGAGCCGGCGUCUCACUUUCGCGUCCUCGCAGCGCUUGCCGGGGCGGCCAUGUGGGUGUACGCGCUCGUGGGCACGCUCCUCCUCCUGGGCAUUUGGAGAGCUCUGGGCACCCGGAGCGGCUCUUCCAACCCUUUCCGGGCAGAUUCCAGGCGGCCGCCCGCGCCUCUGGUGACCGACAAAGAUGCGCGCAGAAAGGUCCUCAAGCAAGCCUUUUCCAGGGACAAGGUUCCUGACGGCCUGGACGCCGUUGUCAUUGGAAGUGGCUAUGGGGGCCUGGCGGUGGCUGUGAUGCUCUCUAAAGCUGGGAAGCGCGUACUGGUCUUGGAGCAGCAUGGGAAGGCAGGAGGCUGCUGCCAUACCUUCAACGAGAAAGGUUUCGAGUUUGACGUAGGGAUCCAUUACAUAGGGCAGAUGCAGGAGGACUCCAUCCUACGUGUGAUGAUCGAUCAACUCACGGACGGGCAGCUCCAAUGGGCCCAGAUGGACUCUCCCUUUGAUACCGUCAUUCUGGGAGACCUUGACAGCUGCAAGAGGUAUUACCUGUACAGUGGGGAGAAGGAAUAUGUCAAAGGCCUAAAGAAGCAAUUUCCUGGCGAAGAAGCUAAUAUUGACAGAUUUGUGACACUUGUCAAGAGAGUCGCCAAAGGGAGCGCCCACAUGGCAGUUCUGAAAAUGCUCCCGAUGCCCUUGGUCUGGUUUCUGCACUGCACCGGCUUGCUGGCUUUGAUCUCCCCUUUCUUUAGGAUGAUAUCCAAAACCCUGUCGGAAGUGGCAGCUGAGUUCACGACAAACGCAGACCUGAGAGCAGUGUUCAGUUAUAUCUUCCCUACCUAUGGAGUGAUUCCGGAGAAGUCAAGCUUCCCUUUGCACGCAAUCCUUGUUGAUCAUUUCUUGGAAGGUGCCUGGUACCCUCAGGGAGGCUCCAGUGAAAUUGCAUUUCACUCCAUCCCCAUCAUUGAACGUGCCGGAGGGGCUGUCCUCACCAAGGCACCCGUGCAGAGCAUCUUGGUGAACUCGCAAGGAAAAGCCUGUGGUGUAAGCGUAAAGAAAGGUCGAGAUGUUGUUAACGUCUAUGCUCCUGUUGUGAUUUCUGAUGCUGGCAUCUUUAACACCUAUGAGCAGCUUCUGCCAAAGGAAUUGCGAGCUUUGCCAGGUGUUCAGAACCAGCUCUCCAUGAUGAGCCAUGGCGUAGCAGGAAUCAGCCUCUUCAUCGGAAUGAAAGGUUCCAAGGAAGAACUGGGAUUUGAAGCUAAGAACUACUACAUCUAUCGACACAACAACUUCAGUGAAGCGUUCGUUACUUACUUUAAUUGUUCGAGAGAAACUGCUCCAGAGAAUAUUCCCUUGCUAUACAUUGGUUCUCCAUCGGCUAAGGACCCCCUCUGGGAGAAGAGAUACCCAGGCAAGUCCACUCUAAUUGUCCUGGCAGUCGCAAAAUAUGAAUGGUUUGAGGAAUGGAAGGAGGAAAAGGUGACUAAGAGGGGAGCUGAGUAUGAGGCCUUCAAAAACUGUUUUGUGGACAACAUAAUGGAAACGGUUCUGAAAUUUUACCCUCAAAUAAAAGAUAAGAUUGAGUAUGUCUCUGCAGGAACUCCUCUCACCAAUAAGCACUACAUAGCUUCUGUCCAAGGAGAGCUGUAUGGUGCAGAGCACAGCAUCUCCCGCCUCCAGGUGGAAGUCAUGGCCACAAUACGCCCUCAGACCCCUGUCCCAAACCUCUACCUAACAGGUCAGGAUGUCUUUGUUGGUGGCUUCCCAGGAGCACUUCAUGGAGCCAUUGUCUGCGCUUCUGCCGUCCUGAAGCGUAAUCUCUACAUUGACAUCAUGUGGUUAUAUGGAAAAAUCAAAGCCAACGGUGCCAAGAAGAAAAACUGAGCCUUCAACCUCCACCUCAGAAAGAAAAUUUGCUCCUCCUGCUAUGUAGACUACCCGCUACCUGGUUUCUCCAUUUCCCCUCCAUGGGAUGUCAACAGAGUCCAAAACUAGCCAUAUACCUUGGUUCAUUAUUGCAGAAAGUUCCAGUUCAUGAGUCUCGCUGUGGAACGGGUUGCAAUUUAGUACGUAGGUCCAUUGAGCCAUUCUGAUAGGUUUGUCAUGACAGAAAUGAGGGCUCUACCUUCCAAGUCCUCACAGGUCAGUUUUAAGCAUCUUAGUGGUACCCUAAUCGGGGUGGCACUGGCAGGUAUAUGGGCUUCAGUGCCAAGGAGAAAUGCUGAAGCUUCUAGAGGCACCAUUCCCUGUAUUUGGGGUGACUGACUGAGAAUUUGUUGUCCCAAGUGAUGCAGACCUGAAUUGUCCUUUCUCUAUAGGGAAGGGUUCCCCUAUCAAGUACCGUAACACAGUGG